AUGUCUAAUAGCGAGCUGCGCAAAUUAACACGGCAGGAGCGACAACUGCACAAUGUAAUGGACACCAUGAAGGAAUUCGUUCAAAAUUACAGAGAAGAGCGAGACAAGAGUUCUUUACAGAUUCGUUUAAAAAAGUUAGAUGAGGUUUAUGAUCUGUACUGUGAAAUUCGGACGCGAAUAGAGCUGCUUCUAGAAGAUACCGAUGCUGGAGAGGAGUUCGUAGAUCCCGAUGAGUCGGAAGAGGCACAUCUCAGCAGAAUGGCGGUGAAUAAAGAAACACGGGAGCGGGAAAAUCGAAUGCACCUGAAAAACUUCGUGAGUGAAUAUUUCUUGUUGAAACAGUCGUUGGCAGAUCUUAUUUCACGAAACGCAGUGAAUUCCGCCAACAUUGUUCCCACCCCGAACGUGAAUCAGCAUCACCUCCCUGCUUCAAUGAUGCGCGUUAAACUUCCAGAGCUAAAACUACCAACGUUUAGUGGAAACUUGCGCGAUUGGAUGACGUUCAGAGAUACAUUCAAGAACCUGAUAGCAGACAAUGCGCAACUUUCCGAUGUGGACAAAUUUACCUAUCUUCGCACGUCAUUGUCCGGAGAAGCGCUACAAGAAAUAGGAUCGAUCGAAUUAACAGCGAACAACUAUUCGAUAGCCUGGAGAGCAUUGGAAUCGCGAUACGAAAAUAAGAAAUUAUUGGUCAAAUCUCAUCUCGACGCCCUGUUGGCGGUGGAUCAAAUGAAAAGGGAAAACUUUGAAUCACUGAACCACGUCAUUAGUGAAUUCGACAAGCAUCUGCAAAUGCUGAGCAAACUAGGAGAGGACACUGUAUCAUGGAGCACGAUUUUGGCUCACCUGCUGGCUAGCAAACUGGACAACACUACUCUGCGUUUGUGGGAAACUGAACAUCGAUCGCGUGACGUCCCAAGGUACACUGUCAUGUUGGAAUUCCUAAAAAACCAUUGCAUUGUAUUACAAUCGGUAGCACCAAGACAAUUUCAAUCAAUUGAAUCGCGAAAAUUGCAGCGCGUUGGGAGCAGCUACACAGGUACACCAACAGCCUGUCCAUUCUGUAGUGAUGAGAGACAUCAGGGAUUUCAGUGCACGAAAUUUAAGACAAUGAAGGUAGUGGACAGAAGAAACGCAGUUAAAAAUGCCCGGCUAUGCUUCAACUGCUUAUCACGAGGACACGUAUCCAAGCUCUGCACUAGGAGUUCUUGCAAAAUAUGUAGACAGCGGCAUCACACGAUGCUGCAUCAAGGUUCAGCUCAGAUUGAUAGUUAUUCUCUAGUUCCACAGCCACCGCGACCGCAAACGAAUCCGAAGAACCCACACACGACACAGACACAAACAACCUCACAAACACAAAAACAAACACGCAAUCAAACUCCUCAGCAAGACACCCUGCAACGAUCAUCCAGUCCUGUUGCCACCUCAAGCAUGCAUGUACAAACGCCACUCGCCACAAACACAACCACAAGUCACAAUGCUGCUCUAACUGUUAGUGAAAUUAAAGCACCACGAUCGAUAUUACUCGCAACGGCACUCAUAAUCAUCGAAGAUCACUUCGGAAACUCAACGUUCGCCAGAGCCUUGCUUGAUAGCGGCUCUCAGCUCUGUUUUAUCUCGGAGAACUUGUCUCAAAGGCUUAAGUUCAAACGAUAUCGUGAAAAUCUCUCUAUCAGUGGAAUUGGGCAAGCAAUCAAAAAAUGCAAACAAUCUGUUAUCGCCCGAGUCCGCUCUCGAGUGUCCCACUUCGUUGAAGAUGAAACGUUUUACGUGCUGCCACAAGUAACACAAACUCUACCCCUUGCUAGAAUAAAUCUCACCGGUAUGGAAUUGCCAAAUGACAUUAACCUCGCAGACCCAAAAUUCUACGAGCCAGGCUCGAUAGACAUCAUCAUCGGAGCGGGAUUAUUUUACGACAUACUGUCAGCAGACAAGAUCAACCUUGGAAGUGAUGGUCCAUCUGUGCAAAAUACUCUUUUUGGGUGGAUAGUUUGUGGGAAAAUUUCGGAUGAUUUCAGACACGCUCAACCUGUUACUGCUAAUACGUGCAGCGAACGGUUAGAUGAACUUGUAGGGAGGUUUUGGGAGCUUGAGACUUGUCGAUCCAACAGUGUUCACUCGGUAGACGAAUCAGCAUGUGAAGCAUGGUUUGAUCGUACCACAGUCAGAGACUCCAACGGAAGAUUCAUUGUGACGUUGCCGAAAAGAGAUUCACUCGUUUUUAAACUGGGCGAUUCGAAACACACUGCGCUGAAACGUUUUCUUGCCUUAGAGAGACGACUGGCAGGCAACACUAUAGUCAAAACUAUGUAUGAGCAGUUCAUUGAAGAAUAUUUGCGAUUGGGUCACAUGAGAGAGGUGACGGAUGACGAUGAAUCAACAGCCCCACAGUAUUAUAUACCGCACCAUUACGUGCUUCGGCCUAACAGUUCAACCACAAAACUGCGCGUGGUAUUUGACGCAUCAUGCACCACCAGCAGUGGCAUUUCUCUCAAUGAUUCUCUUUUGAUCGGUCCAACGGUGCAAGAUGAUUUGCUUGCAAUUGUUUUGCGAUUUAGGCUACAUAGGUAUGCUGUUGUCGCCGACAUCGAAAAAAUGUACCGCAUGGUACGAGUUCAGCCCGGCGAUUGGCGGCUGCAACGAAUAUUUUGGCGAGCGAAUCGGAAUGAAUUUAUUCGCAUUUUUGAACUUCAAACCGUCACUUACGGGACAGCGUCAGCACCGUAUUUGGCGACGAAAUGCUUGAAACGCCUAGCAGAACUCGACGGAAGCAAGUAUCCAGCAGCAGCGAAGGUACUGGCGGAAGAUUUUUAUGUCGAUGAUAUGAUGUCCGGAACUGAUAGCAUCGACGAAGGUGUGCGGCUGUGCGCCAGUAUGCAAGCACUAUUGAACGGAGGUGGAUUCACACUGCGUAAGUGGAGUUCUAAUUGUCCUGCCAUACUAGAACAGAUACCAGACGGAUUCAAAGAUGAUCGCACGUCAUUUGAGUUGGAUGAAUCGAGUGCCACAAUAAAAACACUAGGGCUCAUCUGGGAGCCCCGUCUAGAUUGCUUUAAAUUCAGGAUUCCUGAGUGGAAUUCUUCCGAAAUUUGUAAGCGUACUGUCGUGUCUGACCUGGCAAAGGUUUUCGAUCCGCUUGGACUAGUUGGCCCGAUUGUCAUCACAGCAAAAAUAUUCGUCCAAUCCCUCUGGAAGCAGAAGGUUUCGUGGGACGAAACACUUGCUCAUGAGCUCAAAAUGCAGUGGAACGAAUUUCGGCACGGCUUGGAGAAUCUAGUUAAUUUGAAGGUACCGCGGUGGAUUGCAUUCAACAACGACUGUCGCACAGUUGAGCUACACGGGUUUUGCGAUGCAUCGACAGUGGCCUACGGGGCUUGCAUUUACUUGCGAUGCACACAUCACGACGAAAGCGUUACAUCGCACCUGAUUGCCGCGAAAUCUAGAGUCGCACCGCUUGAGGAUAUGAAAAAGCGAAAGAAAAAGCAAUCUAUUCCACGUUUAGAGCUGUCGUCUGCCUUACUACUGACACAUUUGAGUGAGAAGGUGGUUAGCAGUUUGAAGAUUUCGGCCCGUCAACAUUAUUGGACAGAUUCAAUGAUAGUGCGAUAUUGGCUUGCAUCGGUUCCAUCGCGUUGGCAAGUGUUUGUGGCCAACCGAGUGUCCGAAAUCCAGCACGCAACUAAAAAUGGAAGGUGGAGUCAUGUCCCAGGUACAGAUAACCCAGCCGAUGUUCUUUCGCGUGGCACUACAGCCGAACAACUGAUACACGAUAAGCUGUGGUGGGGCGGACCACAGUGGCUGCAAGGAGAUGAAACUGCGUGGCCGCAGAGUGUGGCCAUCUCUGAAGCAAACUUCGCAACUUCUCUACUAGAAGAACAUUCUGCUGUUUGUACGGUAGUUCAUGUAUCUCCCCCAAAUGAGAUAUUUGGUUUGAAAUCGUCGUUAACAAGCUUGGUACGACUCGUGGCAUGGUUUCUGAGAUUCAAACACAACUGUUGCAAGAGCAAUCGCGAUAACCGAUGGUCUGGACAGUUAACGUUCAUCGAAAGAGAAACAUCGCUUCUUCAUCUCGUAAAAUUGGCUCAGCACGAGCGUUUCGGACAAGAAAUCAAGGAUUUGCUACAAAAAACCGAAGUUAAACCGACAUCCCGCAUUAAUUCACUCUGCCCAAAAAUCCUGGAUGGUAUAGUUCGCGUCGGCGGCCGGCUUGCGAAUGCGCAGAUUUCAACCGGAAGACGACAUCCGAUAAUUUUGGACAAAGAUCACCCGCUAACUGAACUUAUCGUAUUGCACUACCAUCAUAAGCUGCUACACGCAGGGCAACAGCUGCUCAUUGCCAGUGUUCGAGAGCGAUUCUGGCCAUUGAGCAUCCGCAAUCUCGCCCGCAAAAUCAUUCACCGUUGCGUCUUUUGCUUUCGAGUCAAACCAACUGUGCACGAGCAAUUGAUGGCUGAUCUACCCUCAGAACGCGUGACACCUGCCCCACCGUUUUUACGUGUUGGUGUCGACUACUGCGGACCGUUCCAGACAAAUUACGCAAAUCGCAAGAAGGGUCCGCUAAAAUGCUAUGCUGCUAUUUUUGUAUGCCUCGUUACCAAAGCAGUUCACAUCGAAUUGGUUGCGGACUUGACGACAUCCGCAUUUAUAGCUGCUUUUAAACGGUUUGUGGCGAGACGAGGUAAACCGUCGAUCGUCAUGUGCGAUAACGGCAAGAACUUUGUAGGAGCUAAGCGUGAACUAGAUGAACUGCGCAAGGUUUUUCUCACUCAGCGAUCGCAAGAGCAAAUUGUCUCAGAAGCAGCAGAUGACGGUGUCGAGUUUAAGUUCAUUCCACCUAGAUCUCCUAAUUUUGGCGGCUUGUGGGAGGCUGCCGUCAAGUCCAUGAAGCAGCAUCUCAAACGGACAAUCGGCAUGAAGGUUCUCACACCAGACGAGCUUCAAACGAUACUUGUACAAAUAGAGUCAUGUCUAAAUUCAAGACCUCUUACUCCUUUGAGUAAUGACCCCGGAGACUUUGAAGUACUAACUCCAGGGCACUUUUUGGUUCAACGCCCACUCACCGCACUACCAGAGCCAGCACUCAACGAGGUUCCAGAGAAUCGGCUUUCUCGAUGGCAGUACGCACAAGAUUUCCUGCAGCGGAUUUGGGGGAAAUGGUCAACGCAAUACUUGUCCGACUUGCACAACAGGACGAAGUGGACGAGGCAACGUAACAACCUUUUCGUGGGGACAAUGGUCUUGGUGAAGGAAGACAAUCUUCCCCCGCUCAAAUGGGCUCUCGGUCGAGUGACGCAUGUCACUAAGGGAGCAGACGGCAACAUCCGGGUGGUGAUGGUGAAAACGAAGGACGGUAAUUUCUCACGGGCAAUAAGUAAAAUCUGCAUUUUGCCCAUACGUGACAACGAUCAACCACACACAGAAGGGAAGAACUAA